AUGGAGAAUGAGAUAUAUGCUGAGCAGCCAUUUGCUCCAGUAAUUUCAAAGGGUUUCAGUCUUCUUAUCCUCAAUGGCAGUAAAAUCAACAAACAGAAUUUGCUUCUCUACAGCACAUUUCAAAAGCUCUGGACGCAGUCUUCCUACAGGCACGCUGCAGAUGGUGGGCUGAACGUCUUGUAUGAGUUGGACAAGGAAAGCCCCUCUGUUUUUAUUCCUCAUUGCGUUUCUGGUGACUUCGACUCUGUUAGUAAGGAACUCAUCGAUGAGUAUCAAGCUUACGGCGUUGACAUUCAAGAAACGCCGGAUCAGAACUCAACCGACUUCGAGAAAGCGCUUCGAAUGAUUUUGGAAAGAGUCCCUGAGGACCCAGUCUUUGUUAUUGGAACUGGAGCAAAAGGCCGUCUCGACCAUCAGAUGUCUCAAAUCCACACAAUGGUGAAGAUUUCGAAUGAAUUUCAAAGCCCAGUUUACUUCCUGAGAGAUACGUCUCUGAUGCGAGUUCUCAAAAAGGGAGCACACAGAUUGGCCUUGAAUACUGGCUACGAGGGAAAGAUUGGUCUUAUUCCUGUCGAUGGUGAAUGUAAUGUUCGGACAACAGGUCUCAAAUGGAAUAUUGAUGGGCCCAUGAGGGUUGGAGAGCUUAUAUCUUCAAGCAACGAGAAAGUUUCUGACGAAAUCGAAAUUAUAACCGACGGAAGUCUUUUAUUUACUGUAGAAAUGGUCGAGCCACCUUCUGUCUGUUGUAAAAGCAAGGUUUUCGAUAUUUAA